AUGACUUCGACCGUUAACUCAGAUACCAAUAAUAUAACAACCCACCUCCUCAACCUCUGCCCAACCGCCUACAAAUCCGCCACAGAACACCCCUUCCUCACCGCCGCAGCCACAAACACCCUCCCCACCCCACUCCUCCUCCAAUGGCUCCUCCAAGACCGCCACUACGCCCUAACCUACAUCUCCUUCAUCGGCGCCCUCCUAUCAAAACUCACCAUCCCCACAACCUCCAACCGACUUUCCACCCUCUCCUGGAAAAUAGCCAACACACUCAUCUUCUCACUUAAUAACAUAAAAACCGAACUAGCUUUAUUUGAUAAAGUACUAAUUGAAGAGUUCGGUUGGAGUGAAAGUGGGGAGGUGGAAGUGUUACCGAUCACGAGGGCUUAUCAGGAUAUGUUUGCCGGGGCGGGAAGUGGGAAGGCUAGUUUGUUGGAAGGGAUGGUGGUGUUAUGGGCUACCGAACGGUGUUAUUUUGAUGCUUGGGGGGUUGCGAAGAGGUCUAGUGGGGGUGACAAAUCUAGUACUACUGGUGAGGAGGGGAAACGGGAAAGUGAUGUAAUGACGAGGAUAUUUAUUCCAAAUUGGACGUCAGAGGAGUUUAAGGAGUUUGUGGAUACUUUGGAGGAAUUGGUUAAUGGGAUUGUGAAGGAUGAAGGGGUGGAAGUGGGGAGUGAGGUUUGGGGAAGGUGUGAGGCAACUUGGAGGCAGGUGCUUUGGUUGGAGGAAGGGUUUUGGCCGGACGUUUGA